ACUGAUCUAUGCAUCAUGGGGCAAGGAAAUUCUUGGCAACAAGGAUCACAGGACAGGCGCUUAAGCUGGAAAAGUCUACAAACAAAUGAAACGGACACACUUCUGAAGACCACAAAGCACUCUAAUGCUGUAGCAGUGAUGAGGCUAACCAAACCUACCUUGUUCACUAAUAUUCCGGUGACUUGUGAAGAAAGAGAUUUGCCAGGUAAUCUAUUUAACCAGCUCAUGAAAGAUGAUCCCUCUACUGUAAAGGGGGCUGAAACUUUGAUGUUAGGAGAAAUGCUGACUUUGCCUCAAAAUUUUGGAAAUAUAUUCCUGGGAGAGACAUUUUCCAGUUACAUUAGUGUGCACAAUGAUAGCAAUCAAGUUGUUAAGGACAUACUGGUAAAGGCUGAUCUUCAGACGAGUUCUCAGCGCUUGAACCUUUCAGCUUCUAGUGCUGCAGUAGCAGAACUUAAACCUGACUGUUGCAUUGAUGACGUGAUCCAUCAUGAAGUAAAGGAGAUAGGAACACACAUCUUAGUUUGUGCAGUAAGUUAUACUACGCAGACUGGAGAGAAGAUGUACUUCAGAAAAUUCUUCAAAUUUCAGGUUCUUAAACCACUAGAUGUGAAAACCAAAUUCUACAAUGCAGAGAGUGACCUCAGUUCUGUGACAGAUGAAGUGUUUCUGGAAGCUCAAAUUCAGAAUAUCACUACCUCUCCAAUGUUUAUGGAGAAGGUUUCUUUAGAGCCAUCUAUGAUGUACAAUGUUGCAGAACUGAACACAGUUGACACAGCAGGGGAAAGUGAGUCUACUUUUGGCGCAAGGACUUAUUUGCAACCUAUGGAUACACGUCAAUACUUGUACUGUCUAAAACCAAAGCAAGAAUUUGCAGAGAAAGCUGGAGUAAUAAAAGGUGUAACAGUGAUUGGUAAAUUAGACAUUGUAUGGAAAACUAAUCUGGGUGAACGAGGAAGGCUGCAAACUAGCCAGCUCCAAAGAAUGGCUCCUGGUUAUGGUGAUGUAAGGCUUUCAUUGGAGACAAUACCAGAUACUGUAAAUUUGGAAGAACCUUUUGACAUUACAUGUAAAAUAACAAAUUGCAGCAGUGAAAGGACUAUGGAUCUGGUUUUAGAAAUGUGCAAUACUAAUUCCAUCCACUGGUGUGGAGUUUCAGGAAGGCAACUUGGGAAGCUGCACCCAAGUUCAUCACUCCAUCUUGCACUUACAUUGUUGUCUUCAGUGCAGGGAUUGCAGAGUGUCUCCGGCCUAAGACUCACAGACACAUUUUUGAAGAGAACAUACGAGUAUGAUGAUAUUGCACAAGUCUGUGUAGUUUCUUCAGAAAACAAGCAAAGCUGAAGAAAAAAAUGUGUAGUUUUAGUGGGUUUUUUUUGACCAACUUCUUGAUGUUUUUGCAGUCAAUUGUUCUAAAAUGAGUACAAACAAAAUCAAAUCCCUAUAUAGCUGUAAAUGUGAUAAUAAUUAUUUAAUUUCUCUGAGCAUUUCUUGAAUGUUUUAAAAUAUUUUAAAACAUGCAUAUGCAUUUUAUCUACUAAAAAUAAAACCUUUGAAAAAAGUGUAGUUCUAGCAAAUUAUAUUGCAUUUACAUCAUCUCAGGACAGGAGGAUGAGAUUGAUAAGAAAUAUUAGCAUUUUGUGCUUAUUUUUCUUAUUUUAAUUUUUUUAAAGUAUUAAAAGUAAAGUAUUAAAAUCAUGGCUCUGACAAGACUACUUCAGUUCAAAAGAACUGACCUUUCACAGACAAGUUUCUGGAAUCCAAAUCCAAAAAAAAAAAAGCAUUGGGCACCUGGCAUAGCAGUGUGUUUGCAUGGUACAUGUCUAGCCAUAGGAAAUAAAACCUGAUAAAGGCAUGAGAUGAGAGAGUGCAGCUGGCACUGUUAGAGGCACUUGGAGCUAGGAAUUGAAGUAUAAGCAAAGACAGUGUUGGUUGUGGCUCACUCUUUGAGGAGGAAGCAAUACAGCAAAUCUGUCCCAAUUAUCUGCUGUCAUGAGCAGAGUUGUGCAUCCCUGCAAUACAGGACAUGUUGUUAACAGGCAUGUUACUUUCCAAGUAGUAGGGAACUGAAAACUAAAAUAGCAGAACUCAGGUAGUUUCUUAUUUUUAAAAGAAGGUGGUGCCAAUUAUUCUUCCCAUCCCAGAGUCAAUUAAAUAGAUUUUUAAAGGAAAAAAAAAAGGAAAAAACCACCCUGCAUUGCUGCCUUAGAUCAAGUUCUCUAAAGCAUACACAGGAGGAAGUUUUGGGCCUGGUCAAGCACUACAAUCUGCUUUUCCCUAGCUUUGUUUUGACAAAAACAGAAAAUGUUUUUGGCUGAAAUAUCUAUGGUUACCCAGAGGUAGCCAUUUUGUAGAUAAAAUGGCAACUGUCUUUCCUAGUUUAACACUAGUUAAACUAGUGUUAAAGACUAAUCAGCAGCUUGUAUUUCUCAACUACCAUGUUGGCACUUAGCAACUUUAUAGUUAGUUUUGACACUAUUUUACUUGAGCUUCCCAUGUAUAAAUCUUAAGAGUAUUAUUCAGUGUUAAAAUACUGGAUAAAUUGAGAACCAGCUUUGUAUAUUGAGAAACUAUGUCCAUACAGGAAACGAUAAAUUAGAAAUUUAUCCUGCCUAUGUGAUAAAAUCCAACCAACAUGAACAGGUAUAUAAAGAAUGCAAUUUAUCUGUUACUUGAGAUACAGAAAAAAUUAAACCAGAAAACCACAACUAUACAGACAAAAAAGUAUAUCACUUUAUUUAUAAUAUAUCUUUGAGUUAAACGACACAAACUGAAGGAGAUGUAACCACAUGGCAGUAAGAGGUAGGACAGAUACAGAAAUAGUAGACAUGUUGCAUUAUGCCAGUAUGACUUUCUGUUGCCAUAAAACAAUCUACUCGAAGUUACAGAGCUAGUUCUAUCUCAGUAUGCAUGAGUGAUUUUACUUUGCACUUGUUACAAAACCAAGAGUGCAACUGAAACAAUUUCUAAGCUGAAUAUUUCUUUAAGUGUCUUUAUGAUCAUAGUUAGAAGAAUAUACUCCCAUGCAAGCAGGUUACAGGAGUUCACAACUGAUUGCAAAAUACUUUGUUCUCUAACAAAUUAUUGUACUUGUACACUAAUGGAACAGUAAUGAUACAAAACCAAUUAGGUGUAAAUGCAGAUUUGCUCAGUUGAAUGAUAAACUGCAAUUGAUCUUAAAUUAAAGCAAUAUUUACAGGGAUGGUGGUUUACCACUUUAUCUAGCAAGAUGAAAAAUUGUAGCACAAGAUACAGUGCAGUUACUACACGGGAAAAGAUUCCUUCCACACCCUGUGAUUAAGACAUGUUGCGUGACUGAAACAAUCUAGGCAAUUCAAAGAAAAGCAGACUUUAGCAUAAAUGAUCUCUCUGUUCAUGGUUUCAGUGGAAAAGCACGUAAUGACAGCUCCUGUUACUGGUUUCACUGUUUUUUGUUUAGGCUAUAAAGCCCUUUCUGUUAAUACAUAAGAAAUAGAGAAUGUUUACUAGUAAAGUAUUGUGCCAGUCAGUUGUAGCACGUUCCUGAAGGCUUAGCUAAUGCUGUUAACAUUUUAAUAUAUACUCUGUAUUAUCUGAAGUAAAACCUAAACACAAAAAUAUUGUAGCAUGUGAAAAGAAAGUUACAAUUCCAUGAAGAUGACUUCAAGAGUAGUUUUCAGGUAACUAACCCAAUGCUUCAUUCCAUUUAACCUUGGGGAUUGUUCUCCCAUAAAUCCAAUAAGCUAUCGAGCUUGUAUUUAACAGUACAAGUACACAACUUCUUCUGCCCUUUCUGGAUCUUAACAUACUUUGUCGUUCUUAAGGAACUCUCAUUAAAUUCUUGACACUCUGUUUCAAAGCAGAAAAGUAACUGCAUGAGGAUUGCUCUUGCAAAGUGAGAAUAAUUUGAGUUUGUACAGAGAUAUUGGCAGAGCUGCCCACUCCACCAUGGAUUUUUUUGGUUCCCCCUAUCUAAGUUAGUGAAACACACUUUGGGCAGUUGAAGAUAAGAAAGAGAAUUAAAAGGAACUGUGAAGUUUAACAUACUAGGUACAAUGCUUCUCUCCUGACACAACACACUAUUCCAAGUAAUACAUGUACGCUUUUUGUAGCCCACCCAGAGCCUCCAUAAAGCUUCCUUCUAAAUGGUAGUCCUGUCCUACACAGUGUAAUUAAACUUAAUUAAGCUUCCUUGAAUGAAUAAUGUUCAGGAUCUGAGCUACCUCUGACAAAAGAUCCCUUUAGGGAUUCUCUUUCUUGUCAUCAGAUGUUGAGUCAGAAGCUGUUACUUGAAAAUGUAUUUAAUGUAAAGCUUAAGUAUCUCUACAACCUGAAGAAAGCAGCUACACCAACUUAAAGUGAGAAUUUUCAAAAGCAUUUUAAUGCUGUACAUAGGCAAGCUAUUCAAAUAAAGUAUGAAAUGUCUUAAACUUGUUUAUGUAUUAAGUGUAAUUUACCUCUUUAUUCAACAGAUGGUAAUAUGGAUUUCCUAGAUUUGUGUUUUCUCUAAUUCCUUUCAUUUCUCCUUGGAUCAGCAUUUUUCUGUCUGGUUUAGUAGGGCAAGAUUCAUACCGUAGAUGUACAACAAUAAUUUGUUAGAAUUAAGUAUAUUACUUAGCCCCAAAUUUUUUAUUUGCUUCUGCUGGAGGAGCUCUUUUAUGACCACGGGGUCAAUUGGAUAUAAAGUCUAAGGUUCAGGAGUUUCUGUGUAUUUCUCCAUAUGGGAGGCUAUUGUUACUCCUCCAGACUAACUGGCCAUGAGAGAUCACUUUGCCUAAAAAUUCAAAGCAGGCUCCUCGAAUUACUUUAGAUAUAGGAAGAGGAAAGUGUGUUGAGAAGGUCCCUGGGCUAAAAACAAGUGUACUUUAUAUCACAAUGCAGUGUGAACAGUAAACAGAGUAAAAAAAGUUAACAUACUAGACAUACAGAAGAGCAGCAGUCUUGCAAGAGUGAUAUUAACUGAGCAAGAAACAAAUA